AUGGCCACCAGCUAUACGCCGCCUGCAAAGAAUACAAAAGGUGACGGGACGGGCAUCUACUCAAAGCUAUAUGUUCAGUACAUAUAUGACUGGUUAGUUUUGUGGCUAUCGAAUAGUUAUGCGUGGAAGUGUCCCACAACGUCAAUCCUACUGCCGCUGUUCAAGUCCACCAUGGGUGCCAGACAUCUCGACAUCGGGGUUGGGUCCGGUUACUACCCUGCCAAGGCACUGGCUGCUGGAGUAGACUGCAAAGAGAUAACCAUCGUCGAUCUAAAUACGAAUUCUCUGGCCGCGACGGAAAAACGGAUCAUCAAUUCAUCGAACGCUGUUCGCAUCACAACCGUUGUCGCAGACGCUACCGAGCAUCUGCCCCUGCCGAAUUCCGCGAGAUUCGACUCAAUAAGCAUGUUCUAUUUGCUACAUUGCGUCCCUGGACCUCAAGAGCGGAAGGUCAAAGCGUUCGACGUUGUCAGAGAUCUUCUCGCGCCGGGUGGGGUGCUUGUAGGAUUAACGAUCUUGGGCCGGGAGCAGCCGAUGAAUUGGGUCGCGGCUAAGCUUAUGUCAAUAUACAACAAUUCCGGCACAUUCGAUAAUUGGAAUGACCGCCGACAUGUAUUUGAGGAGGCUUUACGGAAGAAUUUUGAGGAAGUUAGCAUCCGACUGGUAGGACGGGUCAUGCUCUUCACGGCGAGGAAACCGAGAUCGCUAGAAAGUGACGCUGGGACUCGUGUUCAGCCAGAGGUUCUAAGCUAA